AUGAAGCACAUCUCUGGAAAGCUCAGUGUAGCACUAUAGACGCAUCAUUAGUAGGUUGUUUGUUCUAUGUGGAAGUCAGCAUAGCUGUAACUUAUGGGACAACCCACUCUCUACUGUAUAUAACACACCACACCCAGUCAAAAAUGAAACUAAAAAAGUUGCACCUGCGUCCAGGAAGGCAUCCUUGUUACUUGUGACAGGGAAUCUUGCAAAGCAGAGUGUGAAAAGAUGGGAGAUAAGCAUUAUCCUGGACACAGGUAUUUCACUAUGUACCACGGCACUACAAUGGACAAAGCUAUGAAAAUCCUAAAUGAGGGCUUCAUCCCGUCCGCUGAUGGCAUGCUAGGACGUGGCGUCUAUUUGAGCCGGAGUUUUGAGAAGGCCUCUCGAUAUCCAGUGUACAGACAAGCAGGAGAGCAGCUAGCCGUCCUCAAACUCAGCGUACGAGUGGGAAAAGUGAAGAGGAUCGAUUAUCAAGGCCAUCCCAUGCAGAAGACGUGGCACGAUCAUGGGUACGACACAGCUUGGGUCCCUGCUAACUGUGGGAUGGUGCCCAGUGGAUUGGAAGAGGACUGUGUGUAUGAGCCAUGGAGGAUCAAAGUACAGCAGGUUUUAUCAGCUGAUCAGACUGCAGCUGGUGGAGGACAUUUUCCAGAAAACGAGACACUAAACGAUCGCUGUGGUGGUAUCCUCAAGAAUAUGUGCAGGAACUUCCACAUUGGACUGACCCCAUGCCCUGUCUACCCAGGUCACAGGGUAUACACCAUGUAUCAUGGCACCACCUUGUCUGCUGCAUUACAGAUCAAGCGCUAUGGCUUCAGGCGCUCCACAGGCGGCAUGUUAGGUGCUGGUGUGUACGUGUCAAGGAGCUUUCAUAAAGCCAGCCACUACCCUCUGUACAAACAACCUGGGCAAAGGCUGGCUGUCCUCAAGCUGAGUGUAAGUGUGGGCAAAGUGAAGAAAAUCAACAGGCAGGGACAUCCCUUACAGAAAACCUGGCACUUAAGCGGUUAUGACACAGCCUGGGUCCCACCUAACUGUGGCAUGGUCCCCAGCGGACUGGAAGAGGACUGUGUUUGGGAACCCAGACGAAUUAGAGUGCUGGAAGUUAUCCCAAGAUAA